ACAAAUUCCACACUAUACAAACAUUCGGAAACCAAACCCCGAAGCAAAUAAAGCGACCCCGUCUGGUGUGCAAUGGCCUCGUCAGAUCCGCUGAACGAGUAACUUUCUCAAUUUUGUUAUCAACGCGAAACGAGAAGAAAGUGCUGCGACCGUUUUGCUACACGCAAAAUUUAACACCGCCCUGCGCCACCUCUACACACCUUUUCCUGGUCGUCCGUUUGUGUCGUCGUCCCCGGGUGUGGUGUGAGAAAGGAUCGGAAAAUCGGAUUUUCAUCUGUGUUGUUGUUUUUUGUUGUUGCGCGUUUGCACUUGGUACGUUUUUUCUCCUACACCAGACCAGUCAGUGGAGUGGUAUUUGCACCAAGUCUAAUCGGAAGAAGUGCGUGAGAGUAGGUGCGUGUGUGUGCAUCGGUCGUCGUGUGGCUAGAUGUGAGUUUGUUGUUUAUUGCGGUGCAAUUGAAACAAUCGCAGUGUGCGGAGCGACAAAGUGUCAAGGAAAAUCGUCGGAAUUGGAUUCCGACCUAAGCGUCCGUGCGAAACGACUGUGUGUGUGUGUGCGCGAGUUUUUACCUCGAACUUUUGCGUCGGUCACAGGGCUGACCGUGGCAUACAGCAGGAAGUGACCGAGUGUGUCUGUGGCGCUCUGUGUGCCUGUGCACGCGCGUCCGUGUGCGUUCAUGUAAUUAAAGUUCACCCCUGCAGUCGUCGGGGCGGUUCGUAAAACUUACUGCUGCGCACCGUGCCCCGUAGCCAGCAGCAGUCGAUCGAAAUUGUAGUGCGAAAAGAAACGGGCGAGGAGGGGAAAGAGCAACUCUCCAUCGACACUUUGUUUUGGUUUUCUAAAUUUAGCCACCAGCUAGCUAACCGUUGCGCUCAUCUCAUUUCUUUUGCCUGCCGAGCGAGGCCAAAAUAUUGGCAAACUCAACAGCCGAGGACGAUUGCAUUUUGCAUAAAGAAAAAAAAAACAAAAGUCCCCCCAAGAAAAAGGCAGCAAAGUCCCGACUACGCAAUCACAACAACCAGACCUUGGACGGAGGGUGUUGGUGGUGGUGGUGCAAUAGAUUCUUUUCGUUUCGGAAGUCGGCGACAGCGAGUGUGUCUCUCUAAUCAGCAACUGCUCCCCGAACACACAAACACACGGAACGAGGCAGUAAUAGACAAACGAACACAGACAACGGGGCUCGUCAACAUCAGCAUACGGCACGGAAUACUCUGCUACGACGACCCUUGUGGACCCUUGUCGAGUUUUGUGUCGGGAGGUUUCCAUAUAUAUAUUUUUUUACCAUCGGUACUCCUCCCUGGUCCGAACAGAAUCGUCCCAAAAACAAAACGAAAAAACACACACACAACAACAGCAAGAUAGAGGUUCUCUCCGCAGUGUGGCAUCGUGCAAUAACAACAAAACAGCUGUAGUGGUGUGGAUACAGUGCUCGCGAGCGUUUGUGUAAAGUUUUACAAUACAUCUCGUCAGAUUCUGCCACCACGAACGACAGGAACCAUCUGUGCGCCGACCAGUUGGAAAGGUUCUGCCCCGGGGUGGAGUGUUGUCGCAUUAAUUCUCCUCCGCAGCGUAGAAACGUCCGUGUCUCAGCAACCAGAGAUCGCAAUAUACGCACCGUGCAGUGUGGUAAUCAUCAUCGUCGCUUGCUGCGUGUUUUAAAGUUGAAGGAAUAAAACCGGAGACACAACCAUCUACCGUCAACAAACACAGCCACAACAUGGAUGUAACGCUGAUCGUGAAGGCGUCCAAUCAGCAGUGCGAGGACCUGACCAUCAAAUGCGAACCAUCCUGGACGAUUCGCCGACUGAAGGGCCACCUGACGGAGGUGUACCCGGGCAAGCCGAGCACCGAUGAACAGAAGCUGAUCUACUCUGGCCAGCUACUGGGCGAUAGCGUGGUCCUGAAAGACGUCCUGCGCCAGUACGAUGGACAGCAGGCCCACACGGUGCAUUUAGUUUUCACGCCAAAGAACAGCUACUACGGUGGGAGCAGCAGCAGCAGCGGCAGUAAAUCGAACAGCAACAGCAGCACCAAAAUGGCUUCGAACGCUGCCAGCACCAGCAGCAGCAGCAGCACGGCAGCGUCCGCCGGUUCGAGUGGCACUUCCAGCACUUCGACCAGCACCUCGGGUCCGGGCGUAUCGUACGGGCAAAGUUCACGUGAAGGUGUGGGAGAAACGACGCUGGGCGACGGUGCGAGUGGCGAUGGUCUACGUCAUCGGGGGGUAUCGCAACCGGGCAGCGCGCCUCGGGCUAAUCCGCGACCGUCACAGUUUGUGGAGCAAACGGCCGCACUGCAGGCGUACAUGCACACCUACAUGCAGUGUUUGAAUCAAUAUGUUAACCUCAUCAAUGAGCAAGCGAAUGUAAAUGCGGUGCAGUCGGGCGGUGCUCUACCAGGCACGGCCGGAAAUGCCACACCAUCGACGACGACUCCGACCGCAUAUCCCCUUUCCGGUGCGCAACCACCGUUCCCGAACGUUCCGUUCAUGCCGAUGGUACAGCCAACGACGAUACCGGGCGCUUUCCCCAAUCUUGCCUACUAUCCCUGCAUGGCGACGGCCCCGUAUGCCAGCGGGUUCCCUUCGUCCGGCAACAUUCCAGCCACUGCUGCUGCUGCCGCUUCCAGUCCGGCCGGCAAUGGGGCAAGCAAUUUCCUACCCACCACUCCCGGGCUGCCGAUGCCCACCGGCCAGCAAACUCCCACCACGACCCCGAUUGCUGCCGGAGCGUCGGCUGCAGCGGGAGGAGAGGCGGGCGACGGUACGGCCACGGCACCGGGCACGAGCGGUGGCGAGGUGGUAGCGACGGCGGCUGCCGAACAGCAGGGAGCGGCAGGAGGUGCGCCGCAGGACGGUGGACAGGCUGGUGCUGGUGCCCCGGCCCGUGCCCGCCGCUUCCCCAACAUUGUCGUGGAGGAGCAGGAAAACAAUGACUGGCUGGAUGUGUUCUUCAGCAUGUGCCGGGUUGGGAUUUUGAUCACCGUGAUAUACCUGUACUCGUCGCCGAUACGAUGCCUAACGGUUCUCUUCAUCGGUGUGAUGUUGUAUCUCAAAAAGCAUCUGGAUCGUUAUUAUCAGGCCGACAGACGUACGCCCCGGGUGCCGCCGGUAGCACAGGAUGCGGCCCCGGCCAGAGAGCAACAGGAUCCGGUCGCCGGCCAGCCAAACCAUAACAACGUACCUGAGCAGAACGCGGAACAGCUGCUGGCACACGAACCCGCUGCUGCGGCGGGCACGUCCGGUACGGAGAGCGCUACCAAGCGGGAAACCAGUGAGGCAGGUCCUUCCUCAUCGCGCAACAGCCAAGAAGCUUCUACCAGUGGCCGUACAGUGGUGCCCCGCCCCCGCACUGGUCCACUGAGCCAAAACGGGGAAGCAACCGCCACCCCCGUGACGGAGCAGGACCAGCACCAGCAGGAAGCAGCACAAGCGGCGAGCGUAGCGAGCGAUGAGCACGGUACGGCGGAGCAGCCCGCUGCCGAGGGCCAACGGAUGACGUUCAACGAUAUGACGUCCUUCCUCGGCACGUUGGUGAUAACGUUCUUUACCUCCAUCAUUCCGGACACACCGGCGGCGUAAAUGGGCUCUGCUCUGAGCUUUUCGGUAAGCUUUUCGGUGGUGUACACUGGUAUGCGUUUGUCUUUUCUAGUGUUACCACCACUCUUUACAUCUUCUUGCGCUCCUUGUUUGUGAGGCAGGGAAAGAAAAAAAUAAGGUGGAUGCUUUUCUGUAUACCACCCCUCUUAUAUAUUACGCGCUCUACCGCCGAACCCGCGUCAUAUUACGGGACCCGCGUAGCUUACAAAAAAAACGGAACGGGAAGAGCCCAGAAGCUUUGUACAGUUUAGAAUUAUACCUAUGCGAGGAGAACGGAAUUUGUGAGAGAAAACCAACCACACCACAGUCAAACGAAUUCGGCGCACCUUAACAAAAUGGGCAUUUUUCUCUAUCCCAAAGGGUGACGAAUUUAGUACGUCAUCUCCUUAGCAGGACCUAUGAAAGAUAAUCGCCGUGUGUGUGUGUGUUUACAGCGUUAUUCAGGAGUGCUCAUAGCACUUUCUUGACUCUUUCUCAUUGGGAACUUCAUAUGUUGGAUAUUGGAUUCCAUGGCACCCUUUAUGGACACUCAUUGGAAAUUCUUAUUAGAUUUGUCCAACAAGGGUGCUAUAGAGUCCAAUUCCUUUCACAUUAAGCGCAUUUCCUGUAAAGAGUUAUGAAAGAAUCCCGCAAGUAUGAGAACCCCUUAAACACUCUGUAAAGACUAAUUUGUUUUUUCCCCCUUAUUUUAAAUGCCUUUCCCUCCUCCCCCACUAUAUGUUAUUUAAUACUUUAUGUUAAUUGUGGGCCAUGCAUGUUGCGUGUGCUAGCGUGGUGUAAGCGCCUGUAGGGAUGAAAGUUGUUAGCUAGAACCCUUCUUCUUAUUCUUCUUCUUCCCCUUGUGUACGUUAGUCAGGAUAUGUUUCUGUGCAAAAAAAACUCGCAGAACGAUAGUGGUUCUUUCGUUCUUUUUCAUGGUGCUCUGUUUAGGAAUCGGAUUGGUUCGUAUGUAAUAUCGUGCAAUUCUAAAGGAUUGCUGUACAAUUUAAAUCACAAUUCCCAUUUUUCCGCUCCCAAUCCUCCUCCAAUAAUCCCGGUAGUAUAAUGUAAAACACUAUUCGUUUCUGCUUCCCGCUGGAAGGGAAAAGCUGGAGCAAACAAAAUUAAAGAGCAAGCAAAGUAAAAACACGUUUUAAUGAUAGGGGGUUGCGUAGUACGAAGAGAGUAAAUGUAGUAGAGAUAUUACGUGUACAUCAUUUAAACAAACAAAACACCCUUUACCGGAUUUAAAGGGGGGGUGGGGGGGAAGAAAAUGGGAAUAAUAAGUAGAUUGGAGUUAGGGCGCACGUUCUAUAGCUUUAAGCAAAAGUGGGCAGAUUUCGAUUGUUAGCACGGACUAACUAAAAAAAACUACAAACAAAGGCAUCAAAAUCAACUAAAAACAUUAGGAAAAGAAAACACAAAAAUAUUUAAACAAAAAAAGAUGUAUAAUAAAGCGUAGGGAAAGAUUGUGUUGCCUCCCCCCGUUUACCAUA